AUGGCGGCGUCCCAGAAGGAGCAUCGCGGCGAAGUGACUCACCUCGCUCUUGCGCCCAACGAAGCCCGGGUCCUCUCCUGCAGCGGCGACGGCACGUGCAUCCUGUGGGAACUGCCAUCACUCUCGCGCCUCUACACCCUGGCGGCGCACCUGGUGUUCCUCGGGGGCAGCGUCCUUCGAAGCGGGGAGAUGGUAACGGUAGGGAGCGACGGGUCUGUGCUGGUCUGGGACCGCUAUGACGGCUCGCUGUUGGCAGACCUUCCGGCAGCCACCAGGCCCAUCACUACCAUCACAGCCUCUCCUGACGAUGCUGUUUUGGUCACCGCUGGCGAGGAUGCUGUUAUCAGGGUUUGGAAUUGGGUCAAAGGUCGGAUCACACACGAAGGUCGAGGUCACAGCGGAGCCAUCACAAAAGCCAGUCUCUCUCCAGAUGGAAAAGUGUUGUCGACGAUCAUAUACAGGACUUUCCAAAGAUGCAUGGGUGGAGAGCAAGUAUUUUCAUAUGUUAUGCUUGAUAUUAGUACUAGCAAUAACAUAGGAGUCAGUCAUGAGAGUACUAUCAGUAAUGCUAAAAUUAUUCCUAAAUCUACAUCAUGA